AUGUCUUUACUAAAAGAUUCCGAUUUAGAACAAGUGCACAAACAUAUAAUUGACACCACAAUUGAAAAGUGUGGGCAGUUUUAUAAUACUCGUAUUUUAGAAGCGAUUAAAAUAAGAUGGAUGAAAAUAUAUGAACAGAAACUCAAGUUAAAGGAACUGGGUCAUGUACAGUCCAAAGUAGAACAUGAUCAGGAACAGAUUAACAUAAAUGACGACUUUGAUGAAGAUGAAUUCGAAGAUGCUGAAGUUGAGGAAAAGGAAAUAGUGGAAUUCGAAGAGCAUAUCCGGGAUGACGAAGCAGACGAGCUGAGCGAACUGGAUAACAUCACCAUAAGUGACCUAAGUGACGUAGAUCCCCCCACAUCAAACGUUGUUGUUGGAAUCUGUGACAAGAUAACGAAGCCUUGUGGGCGCAGAAAUGCAAGUAGCAAUUGGAAAAUAAAACUGAAGGGUGGACUAAUGAAGGUAGAUGGAAAAGAGAUGUUCUUCCGCAGCCUGCAGGGCGAACUGGAAUUUUAG